AUUACAUUUCAGUUCUCCAUAUUUCAAUCAUUAUAAUUGGGGAUUAAACUCGAACGUAAUUGGACAGGUUGUUAAAUAAAUUCGAACGUUGUGAUUAUUGUUCCUUGAAUACCUACUGCGAUAAAGUACAAAAUAUAAUUGAACAGCACAAUGUUUAGAGGCGAUAGUUCACAUUCUUUAAGUUAUGAACAACAAGCAAAGUUUAUAAAUGACCGUAUUACUAGUGUUGAAAAAAAUUUUGGUGAACUGUGUGUGGCAUUUGGUAAUUACACACGAAAAACUGCCAGAUUAAGAGAUAUGGGUGACGAACUGACCAAAGUACUCAAGAGUUACGCAAAUAAUGAAAUCGUUAAUAAAUCUUUAAGUACGGGGUUGGACAAUCUUUCGGUCACCCUGACGGCUUUAGAAGAAUAUCGAAAUUGUGAAGUACAACGGCUAGAAGCUAAGGUCAUAGGUGAACUGUCGCAAUAUGAUACUAUAUGUAAACAUGCCAGAGAAGAAGUAAAACACGCAAUGAAUGUUAGAGACAAAGAGCUUGCUCGUAAGAAAGUCUUGGAUAAAGCUAGGGAACGACAACCAUUUAAUAGACAGCAAGUGACUUACGCGGAAUCGGAGUUUAUGAAAGCGUCAGCGGAAAUGUCACGGAGUGCCAAAAGCCUGAGUGAACAGACAGAGUUCUUUGAAAAACGUAAACUACAGCAACUAAAGAACUUACUGUCGGAUUUUGUUACGAUUGAAAUGGCAUUCCAUGCUAAGGCGGUGGAACUGCUCACCGUGGGCUAUCAACAAAUAGAUGAAAUUAAUGAUAAAGCAGAUUUAGAGCUUUUGAAUACAGGUCUAUCAGAUAACGAGGAACCAUUGAAUUUUAGAAGAAAACUGCGAUCUCCGGAGAAACAAGUCAGUACCGGUAUAUCAGCAAGAUCAUCAUCACUGGCAUCACUAAUGACGCAUUCACCAGUUAAUAACGACGAUCCGGCGGCUGUGCGAAAAUUACGUACUCCAGAGAAAUCUGGUGUUACGCGGUCUAGUUCUUUAGCAGCGCUCAUGAACCAUUCGCCUAGUAAAGAUGAAGAUGAAACAACGGGAUCCAGUGAAUCUUGCAGUGAAGAAUCGUCUGAAGAAACAGAGUCACGUUAAACGUUGCAGUGUUUAGUCCUUAACACGUUGAUUGUAGUUAUUAUUAAGUAAUACACGUUUUGAGACUGUGCAUCUUUAUUUGUCGAAUAAAACUAAUUCAUUGCAACAUAAAGAAAUUUCAUUUUACUACCAAGCAUUAUGUACGUCCUAGUAUCUUAAUAUUAUGAUACGUAUGUACCAAUUCUAUCUAUUUUUAUACCUACAUACAUAUAAAAAUAACGUUUUUAAGUUCCAAUCACCUAGA